AUGGAUCCGGGAGCACUCUUCCUGCUGCUGUCCUGUGUCUGCGGGACCGUGUUCAGCGACAGACAGCUGCUUUAUGUCACUGUGCUCUUUCGUCACGGAGACCGAUCACCCAUCCACGCCUACCCCACAGACCCACACACAGAAGACGCUUGGCCCCAAGGCUUUGGCCAACUUUCCCAGGUGGGAAUGCAGCAACACUAUGAUCUUGGACAAUUUCUUCGAAAGCGCUACAGCGGAUUCCUCAAUGAAUCUUAUGAUCGCCAUGAGAUAUCAGUGCGCAGUACAGACUAUGACCGCACCCUGAUGAGCGCUGAGGCCAAUCUCGCAGGUCUGUACCCACCUGAUGGUUCGCAGAUCUUCAACCCAAACCUGAAUUGGCAGCCCAUUCCCGUGCACACAGUCCCAAAGCAUGAAGAGCGGCUGCUCUCGUUUCCUCUGGCGGACUGCCCACGCUACCAACAGCUAAUGAAUGAGACGGAACAUACAGAGGAAUUCCAAAAUGUCACUGCAUUAUAUGAGGACGUCAUUGAGCUGGUGAAAAAUAAAACGGGAUUGAACCAUACAGACAUUGAAUCAGUUUGGCGCGUCUAUGAUACUCUGUUCUGUGAGGCACAACAUAACAUGACAGCACCGGUCUGGGUCACUCCUGAAGUUAUGGAAAAGCUCAAAUAUCUGAAGGAUUUUGCAUUUCAGUUUGUGUCCCAGCCUGAGACCAAUACAGAGGACUGCACCAGGAAGGAGCACCCCAUCGUCCCGUACAGAGUGUUGCGGUUGUGGAUGUCUGAAUUUUCUUAUCCUGAAGCAAAGGACUUCUCUCAGUUUGCCGUGGACCUGAACAGGGGCCAACUCAUAGUCGGAGCGCGAAACUUCCUCUUCAGGCUACAUUUGACCAACAUCUCACUCAUACAGGCAGCGGAAUGGGCUCCAGAUGAAGACACUAAACUCUCCUGUCAAAGUAAAGGCAAAACAGAGGACGAGUGUCAAAACUAUGUACGUGUUUUAUUAACGAGUGGAUCCACGCUGUUCACCUGCGGCACCAACGCCUUCGCUCCCGUCUGUAUGACCCGCCAGAUCACCAACAUCAGUGAGGUGCUGGAUUCCAUAAACGGGGUGGCUCGCUGUCCGUACGACCCUCUGCAUAACUCCACGGCCAUGAUCACAGCAAGAGGAGAGCUGUAUGCCGCCACGGUCAUCGACUUCUCUGGACGAGACCCGGUCCUGUACCGCAGCUUGGGAAACAUGCCCCCGCUCCGGAGCGCACAGUACAACUCCAAGUGGCUGAAUGAGCCAAACUUCUUGUCCGUGUACGAGAUUGGCCGGUUUGUGUACUUCUUCCUGCGGGAGACGGCGGUAGAGAACGACUGUGGGAAGAUGGUGUUCUCUCGUGUGGCUCGCGUCUGUAAGAACGACAUGGGCGGCCGCUUCCUGCUGGAAGACACCUGGACCACCUUCAUGAAGGCUAGACUCAACUGCUCUCGCCCCGGAGAGAUCCCCUUCUACUUCAACGAGCUCCAAAGCACCUUCCACCUGCCCGAGCACGACCUGAUCUAUGGCAUCUUCACCACCAACGUAAAUAGUUUGUCUGCGUCGGCCAUUUGCGCCUUCAACCUCAGUGCCAUCACCACAGCCUUCAACGGACCCUUCCGCUUCCAGGAAAACCCACGCACAGCCUGGCAACCCACGCCCAACCCUAUCCCCAACUUCCAGUGCGGGACGCUGGAGGAGGCCGGUCCAGGGGCAAACCUGACGGAGCGCAGUUUACAGGACGCUCAGAGGCUGUUCCUGAUGAACGACGUGGUGCAGCCUCUGACCGUGAACCCCCUUCUCACCCAGGACAGCGUGAGGCUCUCCUGCCUCUGUGUGGACUUGGUGCAGGGCCGAGACCGGGUCUACCACGUCAUGUACAUUGGGACAGAGUAUGGGACUGUCCUGAAGGCCUUGUCCACCACUGACAAGAGGCUCCAAGGCUGUUACCUGGAGGAGCUCAGGCCCCUCCCCCCCGGGCUGGGAGGACCAAUCAGGAGCCUGCGUCUGCUGCAGAGUGACCGCUCGCUCUUUGUGGGCCUGAGCGACCGCACAGUGAAGAUUCCUCUGGAGAGAUGCUCCAGCCACGCCACCGAGAGACAGUGUGUUGAGGCCCGGGACCCAUACUGUGGCUGGGACCGGCUGAAACGUCGCUGUACCACAUUGGAUGAGAGCUCCAGUGUGUCGCACUGGAUCCAGGACAUCUCAGACUGCCCUGUGAGGAAUUUAACACAGGACGGAGGGUUUGGCUCGUGGGCACAGUGGCAGCAUUGCUCUCACAGCGACGGUGAGGGCUCCAGCCAGUGCUUGUGUCGGUCGCGGUCGUGUGAAGGUCCCCCGGCUCGGUGCGGAGGAGAAGCGUGCAAGGGGCCCACCAUUCAGGUCGCAAACUGCUCCAGAAAUGGAGGCUGGACUCCCUGGUCGUCAUGGGGACAGUGCAGCAGCAGUUGUGGCAUCGGCUUCGAGGUCAGACAGAGGUCGUGUAAUAACCCCUCGCCACGACACGGAGGCAGAGUGUGUGUGGGUCAGGCCCGAGAGGAGAGGUGA